AUGUGGCUCAAGGACCUCGAUCUUCUGCCGUCCAAUCUGAAGAAUUCUCGAAUCCUAACUUAUGGCUACGACGCAAACGUGACGGCAAUGUUCGGCAAGACCUCGUCAGACCGCAUUCUACAGCACGCGCAUACGUUGAUUGCCCAAUUGGUGGCAGAUCGCGAGCUGGAAGAUGCGACCCAACGGCCCAUAAUCUUCGUCUGCCACUCACUUGGUGGCAUUGUCGUGAAACGUGCAAUUGCGUAUUCCGCAAGCCGCACCAGCAAGUCCAUUCAGCAUGUGCAUUCGAUUUACGUCUCGACGUUUGGAAUUUUGUUCUUGGGGACGCCUCACGACGGCGGCAAUAAAGCCAAGCUCGCUUCGACCAGUCGUCGCAUGAUCGGAGCCUUGGUGCCCUCUAAGAUUCUAGACACCGAAGGGCAGCUUCUCGAUGCCGUGCAGGAAGGUUCAGAAGUGCUGCAGAACAUCACCGACAUGUUUGUACCACUCAUGAAGGAUUUCCACAUCUUCUUAUUCUGGGAACAGGAGAAGACGGACAUGGGAGUUACACAGGACUACGUCGUCGAAGAAUCCUCCGCAGCUCCGAUUCUGGAUAAUACGGAGCGAGCCGGUCUUCCAGGUGAUCAUAGGAACAUGUGCAAGUUCGAGAGCCGCACUUCCCCUGGAUAUAGACUCGUUGUGGCUGCCUUGCUGCGGUACUCAAAGGAAGCGCCUGAGGUGGUCUCACGGCGUUGGAAGCAUGCUGUUGACAUGCUCAAUUCGAAACGCUCGCAGGAAGCGGAUGAGCUGCUGCGAUAG